AUGAAGUCCACAAUCUCCGUUAUCGCUGCCGCUGUAGCUGUGGCCGUCACAGUCAUGGCCGAGACACACAUGGCGACCUUCCACGAUUAUCCCUCGCUUGCUGAUGGUCGUGCGAGGCUUAACCCGCCUGCUUGUGGUGUCCCAUAUGACUCUCUGGACCUCAACAGCAUUGUCUCUUACGGGUCAAUGGAUGCUCAAACUCAAUGCGGCCAGUGUAUCCGCGUCUGCGGCGCGGCUGGCUGUAAGAAUCUCCUUGUCGUUGACAACAACGGUUCUGGUGCAGGCCACCUUGACAUCUCUACUGGUGCCGGUAUGCAAAUCGCGGGCACCAACACAGGCAGAUUCCAAGUCAAUGCCUGGGUCGUCGAUGCGCACCAAUGUAGGGGCAUCUGGAACGGCCGCAUGUUUUGGGAUCAUGACCAGCCAUUUGGCCCUCUCAGGGAGUUAAAGGCUCUGCAAGGCCGAGAUAUGGCGCUGGAUGAGAGGACUGCUCCCUCAUCCUCGGAGAGGAUCGUGACGAUGCGCACUACGAGCACUACCACCUGGUGCCCCCCGACGUCCACGACGUCCCCGACGCCUAGCUCUACUAAGACGACCGCGUCGACCACCACCACCAAGCCGUCAACUACCACCAACACCAAGUUGUCAACCACUACCACCAAAUCGUCGACCACCAGCUCUUUGACUUCCACGAAGCCGUCAACAACGAGCACGCCGUCGACAACCAGCACCAAACCGUCGACCACGUCAACCCCCUCGACCACAACUCCUAAGCCAUCAACGACCAGCUCUUCCAUCACAGUGACUCCCUCGUCUACCAAACCGUCGACGACACCCAUCUCAUCGACCACCACAAAGGCGUCCAGCACGAGCUCCUCCUCGCUCGUAAGCUCCUCCUCUUCGCUCCUGAGUUCCUCCACCUCCUCCACAUCCGCCUCUACGACCACGCGAGCCCCCUCCACCGCCCUCACGACCGCAACCCCAAUCUACAGCAACACCACCACCAUGCUCCAAAUCCCCAGCACCUCCCUAACCAACACAACCUCCACUCGCCUGACGACCAGCACCGCCACCAUCCUGGGCACGACAACGCUGACGAGCAGCCUCGCCGUCGGCAACACGACCUUCGUCAUGCUCUCGACGCGCACCUCGUCCAGCACCACGACGCUGACGUCUACGCUGCUGACGACCGCGCAAUCAACCUCUGUUGCCAGCGUCUCGAGCACACUGGCGAUUGGGAUUGGCAAGGUCAACGGCACCGCUGCUAGCACGACGACUUUCAAGCCUGCGCAGGUCACCACGAGCGGCGCGAAGGGGACGCGCGCAGGGCUGACCAUGGCGGGGCUUUUGGCUGUGGGGAGCGUUUUUGCUUUGUUGUAG